AUGUCGGCGGAUCUGUUUGCCGAGUUUAGCCAACAGAGUGUUGAGCCGAAUCCGACCACGCAAACGGUUCAGUCGUCAUCCUAUCAAAGCGCAGUAGGCAGUCCAGCGCCGCAGCAUUGGGUAGAUUUCGGGAGCAGUGAUAAAAAAGAUUCCAGCAGCGGCUUACCGUCACAAUUUGCGCAUUCACAACAGCAAUGGUCGUCUUUUCCGUCACAGCCAGCAGCAGCAGCAGCAGCGCAAUCACAGAAUGCCGCCGACGAUGACGACGGGUGGGGUGACUUUGAGGUAGCAGAGCCGGUUGCUUCCAAGUCGGGUGGUACAGUGCCAACGUACCAGCAACCAUCUUCGCAGACGAUAGCCUGGCCUGGGAUUGAAGCUGCUCAAACGGCUAGUAUGCCGUUGACAUCGGAUAGAUAUGGUGGCGGCGACACACACUCACAGCUUCACCAUGUGCAGGAUCAGAAAGAACAGAAGCAACACCAACACCAUGAAGUGGAGGAUGUGUGGUCAUUGCCAAAGUCCAAACGGAAGAAUCCAGUACAGUGGCAGGCCACUGAUCCCGGCGUCCUGUUUAAUGCCGAUGACUUUGAAUUGGAAGACGGAGAAUUCGAAGGCGAGAGCGACAACGAAUUUGGCGAUUUUGAAACAGUCAAACAGGAAGAUUCUCCAAACAAUAUCACAGCCGAGGUGACCUCAGCACCCGCCCAAGUACCGCCGCAGCCUUCUAUGCCAUCAAUGGAUCUGCUAUCGUUGGACGACCCUAUACCUGUGCAGCAGAGUCCAUCGUCAAAGUCUGGUCAUUUAGAUUCUACUGGCGCAUUGCGCUUUGGAGCUUCUGUGCUGGCUAAUUCAGAGCCUAAGAGAUCUUGGGCGCAAGAUUUAGACUUUACGACAUUCGAGAAACAUACAAUGCCAACAAAGGUGCAGCACAAGCCACAACUAAAGACGCAAAAUACAAUGCAGGCGGCAACGUCAAAGUCUUCCAACGUCUGGGCGACCUCAAGCAACGACGACGAAUGGGCCGCUUGGGACGAUUCUUUGAAUAGCGGUGGCAAUACCAACGCCGCCGCGAGCGACACAGCACCAGUUACAUCGUCAUGGGAUUGGGACUCUAUAGAAAACCCGGCAGAGAACACAAUCACAUCCUCAGAUAGCACCCCGCCCCCCGUCAAUGUGCCACCUCCAUCGAUUCUUCUUUCGCUCUUCCCUGAUCUGUUACGCUCCGGUGGCACACUUUUCAAGACGAUGUCCGGACAAAGUGGCAGUGUAAAAGAGCAGAUUUUGUCCGAUCCUAAAGCGACCCAGUUUCUGCAGGGGUACAUAUUAUUAGCGACGACGGCGGCUCGCAUCAUGGCCGGCCGCAAACACCGAUGGCACCGCGACAAGAUCCUGGCCAAGAGCAUGUCCAUCUCGGCGGCUGGCAGCAAAGGCAUGAAGUUGGCGGGCGUGGACAAGACACAAGUGGCGCGUGAGGACCGCGAAGCGGCCGACGUGGUGGCCGUGUGGCGUGAGCAGGUCGGACGGCUGCGGUCGGCAGUGACAGUGGCAAACGCGGCGGCCCACGCCAACCUCAGAAUUCCAGAGCUGAGCGAGACGCUGUCAGCGCACACAGCCAAGAUGGUGGGCACAGCGCCCAAAGCUUGCGUGAUUUGCGGGCUGAAGCGUGAUGAGCGCAUAGCCAAAGUGGACUUUGAUGUGGAAGACAGCUUUGGCGAGUGGUGGACAGAGCACUGGGGGCACCGGGCGUGUAAGAAUUUCUGGAUAGAGCAUGAGAAGAAACUGCGGCAGCGCUGA